ACCGGUACUGCGCAGGAGUCCAGUACUGCGGUGACACACUUUUUUCUGCCACACACAACCUGGCCUCUCAUCCCACUGCCGACCGACGUUACCUUGCACUCUGCUCAACCGUUACCCUCCAAAAAAAAAAAGACGAAAAAAAAAAAAACCUCCCCCCCCAUUUCUCCCAACUGUGACCCUCCCACUUCUUCCCCACACUCUUCCACCCCCCCCCCAUUUUUUUCCUACAACUCAAUCUUCUCGACAAACAAUUUUUUCCCCCUUGCUAAACGGGCAGAACAGUCCUUUUAGCGUAUUCAUUAUCAGCAAGCGCGCUUCCCAUAUAGAGCGCGUUCGCUGUUCUCGCAAUCAUGGCGCCGCCAAAAUCGAAAGGCCAGAAGAUGGCUCUGGGAGAUUUCCUUCAAGAUGAGAGCUUGGGAUCCUGGGCUGAUGAAAUGGAGGACAUGCCCACCAUCCAAAACCGCCCCGGAGCUGUAUAUGGCAACCGUCGUGAUUAUGGUGGAAACAGUAGCUUUGGUGGAGGUGACCGCGAGGACCGUUACCCGCCUCGCCAGGCUAUCCCGCCCCCCGACAAACCCCCCUUUACUGCUCAUGUUGGGAACCUAUCCUUCGAUGUGACCGAAGCACAGAUGUCCGAGUUCUUUAGCUCCUGCCAGGUUGAAAACGUCAGGCUUGUUCGCGAUAGAAUGGAUGACCGUCCUAAAGGGUUUGGAUAUGUCGAGUUCAAAACUAAGGAGGGGUUGAUUGCCGCUGUCAAUAUGAGUGGCGAAGUGUUUUGUGGUAGGGGUGUGAAAGUUAGCGUCGCUGAACCACAGAAGGAUCGUGGUGAUGAUCGUACCCAAGGAGAAUGGCGUCGGAGUGGCCCUCCUCCCCUUGCCGACCCCCCACGCCGGGGGAGCGAGCGUGGUGAUCGUCUUGGUGAUCGUUUUGGGGAAGGCGGAGACCGUGGCGAUCGACGCCACAGCUACAAUGAUGCAUCUGAGAGAGCGCCUCCCCGCGAAGCCCGGGAGCUCGACUGGGGGAAAAAGACGGCUCUCCCUCCUACACCCACUGCAAGUGAGCAUGGUGGUCGUCCUCGUAGUGGGGAUCGUGAAUAUAGAAGGCGUUCCCCCGCACCGGCUAGCGAAGGAGGCCGGGGGGGUUCCUACCGCGAGCGUCCACAAAUCGAGAGGCAGCAAACCGCCCCCGAGAGGAAUAACGCAUGGCGUAACACCGCUCGCCCGGAUCCCCCGGCUGUCCAAGAACCGCCUCCUAGGAGCACUCCUGCCAGUCCUGUCGUCCCUCAUACCCGUCCUAGGCUAGAACUCAAGCCUCGAAGUGAACAUCCCGUUGAGCCUGGGCCAACUUCUGCAGCGUCUACUGGUGAAUCAUCAAAGGCAAAUCCGUUCGGCGCAGCUAGACCUAUUGAUACAUCCCAGAGAGAAAAGGAGGUUGCGGAGAGGAGAGCAGCCGCCAUUGCUGCUAGGAAGGCCAAAGAAGACAAAGCCCGCGAAGAGAAGAAGGCCCGCGAGGCCGAGAAGCAAAGCGAAGCUGGCACCCCGACCGGAAGCAACAAAAACUUUGCGCUUCUCAGAAGAGCGUCAACAGGCCCUGAGGGAGCUGCUGCAGACGGCGAGGGCGAAAAGGAAAAAGAGGCUAAGAUAGAGAAGAAGGACGAAAGGCCAUCCAAGGUUACAGCGAGCAGCUGGAGGGCAGCCAGGCCGGAGCCAAAGGAUAGGGAUGUUGCGAAGGAGCCUAAGCUUGACAUUAAUAGGGCCUCCAAUUCCGCAGCAACUGAGGAGGACACCGAUGGUUGGACUCCAGUCUCCGGCAAGCGGGGGCGCGGAAGUGCAAAUGGUACAAAAUCUUCGACAGGUUCUUAAAUGCUGUGUAUUGUGGGUGCUUUCUUUCUUUUUUUUUUUUAAUCAAAAACGGAAAUUUAAAAGCGUGUUUCUAUGUCUCUCCAUUACUUGUUAUUCUUUUCUUAUGUCAUUUUCUGCUUCGCUGUUCCCUUCCCCUUCGUCCCCUAUCGCCUUCCCUCUUCCCUCUUCACAUUUUCUUUUCUUUUUGGAAUCACAAAGCUAGAGCGUUGGGUCUUUUCCUCCUGUUUUUUUUUUUUUCCUUUUAUUAUUCUCUCUCACUUGAUGAUGGCUGGGGAAAAAAAACGUACUUGGAAAAACCAAAAAUAGUCUCGGGUCCCUUUUCAUGUAUUACAGCUUCUUGUUCCUCCUAAAAAUGAGAAUUUGAAAAUGUUCACAA